AUGAAAGGCGUGAAAAAAAGGAAUAUCAGUACUGACCCCGCACAGCCACCAUCUGCUCCUCCGCCUCCCGACCACACCUCCGGCGCGGCGGCGUUCGGCGGUGACAGCGGCGGAGUUUUGGAAGGGGAGGAGGGGCCCAAGGAACAAGACGACAGCGGCGAAAUCGAAGGCACGCUGGAGGAUUUCGAAGAGGAAGGGGAAGGGGAGGAUUUUUCGGAAGCUGAGAGAGAGUACGAACAGCUGGGGGACGCGAAGAUUGGAGAGGAGGAGGGACAGAGGACGAAGCUCGCCGAUGGCUACUACGAGAUUGAGGCUGUACGCCGGAAGCGCGUUCGGAAGGGAAAAGUGCAGUAUCUCAUAAAAUGGCGAGGCUGGUCGGAGGCGGAGAAUACCUGGGAGCCUGUGGAGAAUCUGUUGCAGUGUUCAGAUAUUAUAGAUGCAUUUGAAGAAAGCCUGAAACCGGGGAAAAGUAAGCUGACACGCAAAAGGAAACGCAAGGCUGCUGUAACUCAAAUCCAACCCAAGAAAAAACAACAGGACAAACAGCAUCAAUAUCACCAGCAGCGAUCUCCUGCUCCUGCUGCUUACAACGUGCCCUCGCAUGUGAUAAGGAUUGGCAAUGAGCCUUUACCCUUUUCCAGGCUAAAAAACUUCACCUAUAUAAAUGAGAGUGGGCAGACUGCUGUAAAUGGGUUAAACCGUUUCGAAACUUCCAAGAAAGCAGGCGAGAAUGGUGCAAGAAUGGUUUCUGCUAUUAGAGAGGGAGGAAAGGAACAAAACGGGUUGAAUUUGAAACUCUCUGAGCUUAAGGGGGCAAUGGUGGCGGGCGAUGAAGAUUCUCUCCGGCUGGCUCAGACAUCCCAAGCAGGCCAACUACCGACAGGAGAUAAUUUGGCGAAUGAAUUCAGGAAUGAGAGGGUUGAUUCUGUGCAUGCCGGUCGUUUUACAGGUGCUAAAAGGAGGAAAUCUGGUUCUGUCAAGAGGUUCCGGAAGGAUCCAGAGUCGUGCUCUGUUGAUGAUGCAGCGAAUGGGGUUUUGGCUUAUGGGCCUCUCGCGCCCGAGAAUGUUCUGUGCCCUGAUUUUCUCAGGAAUAAUUCGGGCUGUCAAGAUGGUAAGUACGAGGAUUUCAAAAGCAUGUGCACGAUUAAACAGAUUGUGAAGCCUAUUAGCUAUAAAUCUUCCAUGUCAAACAACGUCCAAGAUGUCUUGGUGGCGUUUGAGGCGAUCAGGUCUGAUGGAACAAAAGUGAUAGUGGAUAACAAAUUUUUAAAAGCUAACAAUCCACUUCUGCUCAUAGACUUCUAUGAGAAAAAUUUACGGUACAGCCCAACGUGA